CUAAAACUCAAGAAGUGAUGCUCAGUUUGUCAUGAAGCUAGAUCAAGAAGAGCUGACAUUUGAGCCAUUUUACCAAGACUUUCUUCACCAUAUUUUAUGAACUUCCAAUGUAGCCAGCAUAAACAGAAAGUAAAACAGAACUAAACUAGACGUCGUGUAACCAGCCAAAGAGACCAGUAGCCGUGUGUAACUAACCCACGAUGAGUCACUGACUGAUGCUCAGUAAUGCCCAUCAGCGGUCACAAUUGCGCAUAUAAAGGCAGCAGCAGAGGAGGGAGAUCGUGGACGCGUCUGGAGACGGCAGCUGCGCACUGACGACCGCAGGAUGCACACCUUUGCUCUCCUCUUGACACUCGGGUUCCUGCUGAAGGAGGCGCAGGCAUGGGGCUUCAAAAACGGAGUAUUUCAUAAUUCAAUAUGGCUGGAGCAAGCAGCUGGAGUUUACCACCGGGAAUCACGUAAAGGGAGAUACCAGCUGACGUAUAAAGAGGCCAAAGCUGUCUGCAAGUAUGAGGGAGGGAAGCUGGCUACUUAUGAACAGCUGGAAGCAGCUCGUCAAAUAGGUUUCCAUGUGUGUGCAGCCGGAUGGUUCGACAAAGGACGUGUUGGCUACCCCAUUGUCAAAGCUGGCGCCAACUGUGGUUUUGGGAAGGUUGGCAUCAUCGACUAUGGAUACAGGCUGAACAAAAGUGAGAGAUGGGAUGUGUACUGCUACAACCCAAACUCAAAGGAGUGUGGUGGGGUUCUGACGGAUCAACAGAGGAUCAUUCAGUCUCCUGGCUUCCCUGAGGAGUAUCAGGACGAACAGAUCUGCUACUGGCACAUCCGUGUGCGCCUGGGCCAGAGGAUCCACCUCCACUUCCUGGAGUUUGAUGUGGAGGAUGACACAUCAUGUCUGGCAGAUUACCUGGAGGUGUAUGACAGCUAUGAUGAUGUCUCAGGCUUUGCUGGAAGAUUCUGUGGUGAUUAUUUACCUGACGACAUCAUCAGUACAGGAAACGUGAUGACGCUGAAGUUCCUCUCCGAUGCUUCAGUUGUAGCUGGGGGCUUCCAGUUACAGUACACUGCCUUUAAUGCGUCCGUGUCUCCACAGAAUUACACCUACUAUUUUCACUGACCAGGGCUCUAAUACACUGUUGUAAUCCUGUUUCUGUAUUUAUAAUGUUAUUAGUUAGCUCCUACGCUGUAAUUAACAAGUCGUUGUAGCUGAUGAAAUAAAAAAUGAAUAAACAAGUUUGUUAAACAUUGUUGGCAUUUG